AUGACUGAAACGCCGACAGCAUACAGUUUGCCUGUAUGUGCAACGAAUAGCAUUAGAGAAGCGAAUUUCACAACGACGGUUACAACAACAAGCGCCGUGUUGUCGCCAGUAGUGUCGCCGCCAAGAGCAAGUAGCUUUGGGCAUGUUGUUGGCCCAACGUAUGUUGAAAAUAUUCAAAUGAUGCGUGGUGAAAUUGCGAAUGGUGGGGCAGGCAUAAACGAGAAUGACACAUACGAAUGUAGAAGAAGUGUUGUACGUGAAAUAAAUGACAUUUUGCCAGACUUUAACCCGUGUAAGGAGGAUAUGACAUCAAUGCAAUUCGUAGAGCGGGUUGAACAAUUAAAAGAUGCAUAUCGAUGGAAUGACAGUGUGUUACUUUUUGCUAUACAAAGUAAAUUUAAAGGUGUUGCAAAGCUGUGGGUCGACUCGCAACCCAUAUUUAAACAGUGUGCAGACAUUCACAUACAGCUUAUGCACACGCGUAUGAACAAAACAGAAUCGUUGACCGAAUUUUAUUUUAAAAUGUUAGCUCUAGGGCGUCGCGGAAACCUAGAAGACAAUGCGAUAAUGCGAUAUAUUAUCAAUGGUUUGAGUGAUGAUGGCUUACGAAAAACAUUAACAGCCAUGCAUUUUGUGAAGUGUUCUGAUUUGUUGAAAGCACUGAACAAUACAGUACUAAAUAUGAGAAAAGAUCAUGUUACUAGUGCGUCAACAUUUAUUUUGAGAAAUAACAAUAGUGGCAGCAAAAUAGACGUGAAAACUAAUAUGAAAAAUGGGCCAGUGUGUUACAACUGUGGUGAACGGGGGCAUAUUUCUCGAAAUUGCCUGGAACCACGAAAGAAAUUACAGUGUGGAAAUUGUGCUGAGUUUACGCAUGAAACCAAGAAGUGCCCUAAAAGAAAUCAAUCGCGUGUUAAUGCAAUUGUAGAUAAUAUGCAAGUCGACCAAAGUGUGACUAACAAUGAAGCGAUCGUUAAUGCAAUUGAAGACAGCAUGCAAGUGAACCGAACCUUGACUAAAACUAUUUUAAUAAAUCAUGUUGAGUGUGAAGCACUAAUUGAUUCAGGCAGUUGCAAGUCGCUUGUGAAACGUGAUAUUGUCGAAAAGUCUGAACAUAAAACAGUAUUGUGCGAUAAAAGGCUGCAUGGUUUCGCUGGAGUUGUUGAUUACGAACUGAUGGCGUACGAUGCCAUAAUCGGGACAGAUAUUUUAUCAAAAAGCCGUGUUGUGAUCGAAAAUGGACAGUGUUAUGUCGGAUUAAUUGAUGAGAAUAAAAUUAAUGUUGGCCAUGAACUUGCCAUUAACCAACAAGUAGAGUUAAAAAGAAUUUUGAACAAGUAUGCGAAUUGUUUCGGCGAAGAAUUGCGUGAGAUAGGUAAAUGUAGUUUUUCUAAAAUGCAAAUAUCUCUAACGUCGGAAAAACCUGUAGUGCGAAACCCGUAUCCAAUACCUAUACCGAAACAGAAAAUUGUCGAAGAGAUAGUUACUGAAUUAAUGAAUUUAAAUAUUAUUCGUCCCUCGAACUCGAUGUAUGCAUCACCCAUAGUGUUGGUUCCAAAAGCGAAUGGAGAGCACCGCCUAUGUGUUGAUUACAGAGAGGUGAACGCAAUCACACAGAAGCAGCCAUGGCCGAUGCCAACAGUAGAUGGUACACUAUCAAUAUUGGCAGGUAAGAAGUAUUUUACCACUCUAGACAUGAUGUCUGGAUAUUAUCAGAUAGAGAUUGAGGAAGAGUAA